AUGUCUACCUUCACAUUUUUAUUACUUUGCAUCCAGGUGUCUCUAAUUCAGACCGUUUUCGGCCAGGUUAUAGGACUCGCUCCCGGUCUCGGUUAUAGAACUGGACUUGGUUAUGGAUCUGGAUUUGGUGCAGUUGCUUUAAGUGAUGUCGAUGUGGCGUCUAUUGGAGUAGAAUCUCUCGGUGUUGGGUCUUAUGGACGCGGCGGUAUUGGUGGACUCGGAGUAACUGGUCUCGGCGCUGCUGGACUUGGCGUAACUGGACUCAACGCAGCUGGACUCGGAGUAACUGGACUCGGCGCUGCUGGACUUGGCGUAACUGGACUCAAUGCGGCUGGACUCGGUACAGCUGGGUGGGGCACAGCUGGACUAGGAGCCGGUAUUGGCGCAGCUGGCCUUGGUAUCGCUGGUGCCAAUAUUGGCGCCAUCAGUCUUCCUGCACCUGCUCUCGCUGUGCCCAAUACUGGCUACGGUGGUGUUGGCAAUGGUUUGGUCACUGUGACUGGUGAUAUACCAAUUGUCGGCACCACCAUCGUGACCGGCCAGGUGCCAGUGCUCGGCGCUGUGCAGUUCGGUGGUAACUUACCCGGCGCUGGCUCCGUCUUCAUCUCCGGGAACUGUGCAUGUGGUGGAGCAAGUCCCAUUAUUUAUUAA